UGGCGGUCACAGUUGUGCCCUGGAUUGUAGCAGAGGGAGAGAGAGAGAGAGAGAGAGAGAGAGAGAGAGAGUGAGAGCAACCCUCCUGCAGCCUGUUCACUCACCACCAUGGAUGUCAAACUGUUGGCACUGAUGGCUCUGCUGGCCGUGGCCACACAUGCACCAACCUCCAAUGCAAAGCCCAUCAGCCUGGUCGAGCGGUGUUGGUGUCGUUCAACCCUCAACACGGUUCCUCAGCGCUCCAUCAAAGAGCUCAAGUUCCUCCACACGCCCAACUGCCCCUUCCAAGUCAUUGCCAAGCUGAAGAGCAACCGGGAAGUUUGCAUCAACCCAGAGACCAAGUGGCUGCAGCAGUACUUAAAGAACGCCAUUAACAAGGUGAAGAAAUCCAGAAGACGCAGUAACAAGAAAAACUAAACAUAAGGAAAGGCAUGUAUGCCGUCAGGCCUGUGUCGAACCUGCAUACCUCCCAGUCACUGCUAUGGAUGCAUGUAAACACGCUGUAUGUACCUGUCCAGCUCUCUGGACCGCUCGCAGAACCAGCACUUCACCGCCAAAACCGUGCCGUCCCCAGCACCACCACCGGUCCCUCUGGAUGCCCCACGCAGUCACACCCCCCAACCCUCUAUGUUAGCACCAAAAUGCAGUUACACCUUGGAAUGAUGGGAUGCAUGUUGAUGAUGUGUGUGUGUGUGUGUUUGUGUUUGAAUGUGCGUCACAUGAACUAACUCUGACUAUGUGUCUGUAUAUAGGAUUUUUUUUACUUCACACAGCUAUAAAUGAAACAGACCUUUCUGUCUCACACACAAGGUUUUGUGGGUAAUGCUGCCUUCAUGCUCCUGUCUAAAUAGCCCAAAUUGUGAGAAAGUUUAUCAGGAAUUCACCUGAGUGAAAAUAAUCAGUUGUAUUUGCAGCAAUACGAUUACCUCAACUUUAAAGUUUUAUGAAAAGAGUGAAUCCUACUUACUUUAUAUUGUUGAUCUUAUAUUCUUUAAAAUGAAUAGAAGAUCAAGGUGAACGUGGCAUUACUCCAAGACUGAGGGGUCAUGGGACAGACAUGGAGGCUGGCCAGUGGGGUCAACCCUCCACAGGGGGGGACCAAUCAGGGCAGGCCAUGCUACCACAGGUCUUGCAUUGUCUUUGAGCUUGCUGCAGGAACAAAACAGAGAAACUGUUUAAGAAACAAGCACUGAUCUUAUGGUGCUAUAUAUUCAUUAUAAGGGGUCAGAGCCUUUGACAUAUUUGUAUUUCAUUGUUUAUUUUAUGCAAGAUUUAAGAUGGGACGCUGUGACUUCUAUGUCUUAUAUGAAACUCAAUUAUGUUUUUACCACAAAAUACUUAAAGCGCUGUUGUUGGAGCCUGAAGUGAAAAGUGAGAAGUGAAAGAUGAUGCUACGCGAAGGCCAUACUGUACUGAUACAGACGAUAAAGAAGUGGAAUAAAACACUUAUCCAUGCAGCUUUUUCAUUGAUUGAACAUAUCAACAAACAAAGACCAAAUAUUUAUUCAGUAAAACAUGUAACAUGAAGAAACCUGUGAAACUCAAAAAGCGUGACUUUCUAGUUCAUUUAUUUUUAGCAAAAAGCAAAAGAGCAUUAUAAUUCUGGACAGUUUCUUUACACCUCAUCAAAGGGACCGGGUAACUGUAUGUCAUCGUGACAACAGAGCAAUUUAAUGGCAGUAUUUUCAUACCAACACCUGUCCUUGGUAGGAACGAAAAGCUAGUAAUUUGUCACAUAAAACAUGAAGCUGAAUGAUAAAUGUCACAAAGGGAAUGUUCACGGUGGCAAAAAGAAAGUUUUUGAUCUUCCUUUUUUAUAUAUAUUUGAGCCACUUUAUUAUCAGAUGUGUCUUCUAUAAGUAAUGGUUUUAUUUUUAUAUUGUGUGUAUAAUUUUACUAAAUGUUUUUUAAUGCAAUGUACAGUAGGCAGUAGCUACUAAAUGAAGGCUAUUCCAUAAAAUGCAAAAAAAACAGUAUUAAAUUUCAUUUCUACGGUUUCAUGCAAUAUUUCACACGUGUAAUGGUUUGUUUUCAAUUAUUAUGCACAGUAUGCAACAGAUUCCUUCUCCAAAGGAUUAAAACACUAUCUUUUAACAUGUUGUUUUACAAAAUGGAUACAAAAAUCAACCAAACAAGAUCAACUUUUUCCUUAUGCUUCGUCGUUCUCUCAGAGUUAAAAUGGGUGAACUUGAUAAUAUCUGUUGAGUCCAACACACAGUGAUUGAAAAACAAAGACCACUGUCAUUGUGUUACAUGAGUCAGAAACUUAUUCAGCUUGGCCCACCAGUUGUCCCCGUCGGCCACUUGACGUAUUGACGUAUGAUGUGUCAAUAGAGCCACCGAGCCAAAACAGAACAAAACCUUUGAGUUGAGAGCCAAGCGACCAACAUGUGCUUUCAAUCUGGGCACUCCCAGCGUCCCUCAGGCUUUCAUUCAAUUUCAUUCAACUGCUGCCACGCUGCAAAAUUAGAGCCUGUUUUUCUUCCCCUAAAAUUGUAAUGGAAGACGUGGUGGUCGUAGUAAUUGUUACGGUCUUUGUUUUGUUUUGGUUUAUUGUGCCUGAUCUUUUUGCUGACCAACUGGUUACAGGUGAUAAUUUUAUCAAUUUGCAGUUAAUAGUGCAAUAAUCCUGUAAGUGUAAUUUAUUUCCCAUUAAUGUAAUAGAGGUUAAUGGACAUUCAUUUUAUAUUAUUACACUAACUUGUUUAGAAAGAAGAUUGUGAAGUUACCUGUGUAAAGUUCAACCUUUAUGAUAUAUAUAAUGUGAUAAUAAUCUCAAUAACAGCAAAAAGUUACGACAUUAAAAAGUGGUAAACUCUAUUAAAUUAAUGGGAAAUGUGUUUACCACACUAUUAGCAGCAUUUGUUUCAUUAAUGAUUUAUGUGAAUGAGACACAUUUGUAACAAGUAAUUAGCUGUACUAGACAGACUUAAAGUGAAUUUCUGUAGUACUGUGGUCCCAUUAAUCCCUUGCAGUGUUAGUGCCAUUCAUCAAACAAUCACUGUAGACAACAUUUAGUAUGAUUCAACUGUAUAAGCUGAAUAUACACGCAAUGUUAUUAUCACACCUAUACUUGCCACCAGAGCUUUUACAGUAAAUGUGUGUAACAGUGUGUAUUUCAGACCAAAUGUGCACAACAGUUUUACAUGUCAAAACACAUUCAGGUUCACAUUUACUUGACACUUGUUGCAUUACUGUCAAGUAAAAUGUAUCAAAGUGGGUGCAUGUGUUCGGCUUUGGACCCCAAGACAAUGUGAAAUAACUUUAUUUCUUUUGAGGCAGCUUCUGACACAUAUUCUUCAUAUACGUGAAAUGUAUUAGAGUAUUACCCUGUGUAUUUUCACUGUUUGUAAACCAAGAGGCAGUAUUUUAGCUAUGAUACUCAAGCCCUUUUUCAAUAAAGUCAUAUGAAA